AUGAUGUCGAAGGUCCACGAGCUGGAUCCGCAUCUGUCGGUUCACGACGCGUUGGAGCAGGUCAAUGUUAAGGUCGGCGAUGACGAUAUCCUCGUGGAGGACGAGGAGUUGCUUCUGGAUUGCUUCCUCGGAAUGCUGAAGGAGCUCGAGGAGAAUGAGCUCGCCGAAGCUGUCCAAACAUGUCUGGGUCUGUCGUCCCAGUACAACGCGAGCAACGACCCUGAGGAUCUUAGGAAGCUAGAGGAGGUGGUCGACUCCCUUGACCCGGCUGAGUCUAUUCUCUUCGCUUCCGCCUUCUCCCACAUGCUCACGCUGGGAAAUAUUGCGGAGGAGAUUCAGAUGGCUCAUCGUGCGCGGAAGAGCAAGGUCGGGUCCAUUGAGGAGGAAGGCAGUGCGCUUACCGAGUCCAACAUAACGGAGACGUUCCAGAAGCUGAUCAAGCUGGGCAAGACGCCUGAGGAGAUCUUCGAGGGUCUGAAGCAGCAGCGCGUGGACCUCGUGCUCACCGCUCACCCGACACAGUCCAUCCGCCGCUCCCUGCUGCAGAAGCACGCCCGAAUUCGCACCCUGCUGUCUCAGCGGCACGCCCAGAAGUACACCAAGGAGAGGCAGCAGGAGCUCGUGGAGGCUCUCAAACGGGAGAUCCAAGCGGCAUGGCGCACGGACGAGAUCCGGCGCACGCAACCGACGCCGCAGGACGAGAUGCGCGCGGGGAUGAGUUACUUCUACGAGACCAUCUGGAAGGGCCUUCCCGAGUUCCUGCGCCGCGUCGACACCGCCCUGCGCAGCAUCGGCAUCGAGGAACGCCUGCCGUACAACAUCCCCAUCAUCCAGUUCUCGUCCUGGAUGGGCGGCGACAGGGACGGCAACCCCCGUGUGACGGCAUCCGUGACGCGUGAUGUGGUGCUGCUGUCGCGUCUCAUGGUCGUCAACCUCUACAUCUCGCAGAUCGAGGAACUCCUCUUCGCGAUGUCCAUGUGGCGUGGAAGCGACGAGCUCAAGGAGAGGGCUCAGGCAGUACAGGCAGGGGCAAAGAAGCACAGCAACCACUACAUUGAGUUCUGGAAGCAGGUGCCGGGCAACGAGCCAUACCGUGUGGUGCUGUGCGAGGUGCGCGAUCGCCUGUGGAACACUCGCGACCACUACCAGCAGCUCAUGGUGUCCGGUCACUCUACCUUCAGCACUGAAGACAUCUACACCUCCGCCUCCCAGCUGAUGGAGCCGCUGGAGCUCUGCUACCGCUCCCUGCAUGCCUCCCUGGACGGCGCCAUCGCAGAGGGCCAGCUCCUCGAUUUCCUGCGGCAGGUCGCCUGCUUCGGUCUCUCCCUCGUCAAACUCGACAUUCGCCAAGAGUCUGACCGCCACACAGAUGCUGUAGACACCAUCACGCAGCACCUGGGGCUGGGGAGCUUCAAGGAGUGGAGCGAGGAGAAGAAGGUGGAGUGGCUGGUGUCUGAGCUGCAGAACAAGCGGCCUCUCUUUGGCCCGGACAUGCCUAUGUCGGACGAGGUCCGCGAGGUGAUCUCGACGCUCCAUGUAAUUGCAGAGCUCCCGGAGGACUCUCUAUCAGCGUAUAUCAUUUCCAUGGCGACGUCUGUGUCGCACGUGCUGGAGGUGCAGCUGCUGCAGAAGGCGUGCGGGGUGACUCCCGCCCGGCGCGUCGUGCCGCUGUUUGAGCGCCUGGACGAUCUGAAUAACGCGCCUAUUGUCCUUGACGCGCUCCUCAGCAUCCCCUACUACAAGGAGAUUAUCAACGGCCGUCAGGAGGUCAUGAUUGGCUACUCCGACUCAGGGAAGGACGCCGGGCGUCUGGCUGCCGCCUGGGCUCUGUACAAGGCCCAGGCGAGCCUGGUGGAGGUGGCAGGGAAGCACGGGGUGCAUCUGACGAUUUUCCACGGCCGCGGUGGGACUGUGGGUCGUGGUGGAGGCCCCACGCAUCUGGCUAUUCUGUCGCAGCCGCCUGGGUCUGUGGACGGGUCGCUGAGGGUGACGGUGCAGGGAGAGGUCAUUGAGCAAUCGUUUGGCGAGGAGAACCUGUGCUUCCGUACUCUGCAGCGCUUCACUUCUGCCACUCUGGAACACGGCAUGCAUCCCCCAGUGUCGCCCAAGCCCGAGUGGAUUGCACUCAUGGACGAGAUGUCACCGCUCUCGACCGAGGAGUACCGCUCCAUUGUCUUCAAGCAUCCGCGAUUCGUUGAAUACUUCCGAUCCGUGACCCCGGAGACUGAGUUUUCCCGCAUGAACAUUGGCAGCCGCCCAUCCAAGCGCAAGCCUGGUGGCGGUGUGGAGACCCUGCGCGCCAUUCCCUGGAUCUUCGCCUGGACACAGACGCGCUUCCAUCUCCCAGUCUGGCUUGGUCUGUCAGCGGCCUUCCGCGGUGUGCUGGAGAGCAACCCCAAGAACCUGGAGACGCUGCGCGACAUGUACCAGAACUGGCCCUUCUUCCGCGUCACCAUUGACCUCGUGGAAAUGGUGUUCGCCAAGGGUGACCCCCGCGUUGCUGCGCUCUACGAGAAGGAGCUUGCGAACCCCGAGCUGCACGAGUUUGGGGUGGAGCUGCGCCGCAAGUAUGAGGAGGCCCGCGAGCAGAUCCUUAAGAUUACCGGUCGCUCAGUGGUGCUGGAAGGAAACGCACCCCUGCGCCAGCGCCUGCUUAUCCGAGAGCCAUACAUCACACCGCUCAACGUGCAGCAAGUUCUCACGCUCAAGCGCAUGCGCUCGGGCGCCCAUGCCUCUGCCGAUGCUAACGGCCUGGCAAUGGCACGCACCAGCAGCGGGAGCAGCAGCGGAGGCGGUUCCAUGAAGUACAAUAAGUCUUCUGAAGUUGUGACUCUGAAUUCGGCCUCGGAAUAUGCGCCUGGCCUGGAGGAUACGCUGAUUAUCACCAUGAAGGGAAUUGCAGCUGGCAUGCAGAACACUGCGCUUACCCCGCUCGUUCGCCCUGUGUCCGCAAUGCUGCGCUGCGCGCCCGCGAGGCGCCAUUCCGCCUUCUUCGGCGCCGCGGUGCCCGCGGCUUCCGCCGCUCCGGCGCGUUUCUCCCGCCGACCCGCCGCGACUCCCGCCGUUGCGUCCGUCGCGCGGUCAGAGUCAGAGCCAACGCCCAAUGCGCCGCAGUCGCGCGCAAGCGGGUCGAAGAAUCUUCUCGACGCGCACAACCAGCGCAGUCAGGCUAACAGCCGCACGCUCACCACGCGUGCUGCCGCGUCGCAGGGGGAGGUCGUUGCUGGCGCAGUAGCGUCCAUCCCCACGAUCGGCUUCCUGGGCCUGGGCAUCAUGGGCAGCGCCAUGGCGCUGCGGCUGGUGAGGUCGGGCUACCGGGUGACGGUGUGGAACCGCAGCCCCAAGAAGACCCGCCCGCUUGUCGAGGCCGGUGCAGUCGCGGCGCCAUCAGCAGCAGCGGUGACAGCAGCGUGUGACAUCACCUUCGCCAUGCUCUCCGACCCUGCUGCUGCUUUGGAAGUGGCAUGUGGGCCAGAUGGCGCAGCGGAGGGAUUGAAGCCGGGAAAAGGCUACGUGGACGCAUCAACGGUGGACGUGGAGACAGCUGUCAGGGUGGCGCAGGCCGUGCGCGCCACAGGAGCACAGUUCCUCGAGGCGCCUGUGUCGGGGUCAAAGACGCCAGCGGAGAACGGCAAGCUGAUCUUCCUUGCAGGGGGCGACUGGGACCUGUACGAGCGCGCUGGACCCAUGCUCAAUAUCAUGGGCAAGUCCACGUUCUUCCUGGGCCCGGAGGGCAGUGGGGCGGCCAUGAAGCUGGUUGUCAACAUGGUCAUGGGAAGUAUGAUGGCUUCAUUCGCUGAAGGGCUAGCACUGGGAGAGCGAGUGGGGCUGGAUAAGAACACCAUCCUGCAGGUGAUAGAGCAGGGUGCCAUCGCAAGCCCCAUGUUCUCUCUCAAGGGCCCUCUCAUGAUCGACGGCAACUAUGCACCCGCCUUCCCACUCAAGCACCAGCAGAAGGAUCUGCGUCUGGCUCUGGGUUUGGGCGACGACUUGGCACAGCCUCUUCCCGUGGCAGCUGCGGCCAAUGAGGUGUUCAAGAAGGCGCGGCGGGAGGGGCAUGGCCGGGACGACUUCAGCGCCGUGUUUGAAGCUGUGAGGCUGCAGCAGCGCGAGGACUGA